AUGGCCGGUAUCUGGGUUCCUGAGGCACAGAGCCUGGAUGUUCAGCCCGACCUGAAGCACUGGCUCGACAACGCCAGCCGCCCUGUCGUCUACGUCUCGACCGGCACUGUCGCCCAGCCCUCAAACGAGACGCUGCUGGCAUUCUACGAGGCAUUCAGUGCUACAACCGAGUUCCAGACCUUGUGGUCGCUCAAGAAGGUGUUCCAGAACAACCUGAGGGAACUGCUCGGCGACCAGGAGUGGCCCGAACAUGUCCGGAUCGAGAGCUUCGUGCCGCAGCUUGCCGUGCUUGACCACCCCGCAGUCCAGAUCUUUUUCACCCACGGCGGCUGGAACAGCGUCUCCGAGGGUCUCUGGACGGGCACGCCGAUGCUUGAAAUGCCAUUCUUUGGCGACCAAACUUACAAUGUGGCUCAAACGGUUCGUCUUGGCCUCGGCCUCAUGAUCGACAAGAACAUCAUGAGCUCAUCCGACAAGGCUGCCACGAUCCAGUUGAUCCAGGACAAGCUCCACACCAUCCUGCGCGACCCAUCCUUCUCAAGCCGCUCCAAACACUUCCAAAAGACAUUCCAGGUCAUGGGCGGCGUCAAGAAGGGCGCUAGCAUUGUUGAGGAGAUCCUGGCCAUCGGCGAUACCACUGCCUACAGCUUCCCCGACAACACCAACGCCGUCAUGGCGGCCAUGGCCAUCCUCGGACUGACCGGUGCUGCCGUAACUUUCGGGAUCUACCGACUGGGUGCCUGGGGACUCGGGCGACUGCUCAAGAAGCGCACGCCAUCGGCCAAGGCCAAGGCCGAGUGAGACCGAGUGAAACCAAGUGAGACCGAGUGAAACCGAGUGAGGCUGAGCGGGACUGAUUUGUCAAGUGCCUGAGCAGACCAUCAAGUCCUGGCCGCCCUGGCUCUGGCAUCUUGACAUGCUAUCAGCGAACAUGGCCCAAUACAUCAUCGGUUGCUCCUGAGAUUGAGACUCGGUGCAAUCGCCGGCCAGCUUGAGCGGCAGUCCUGCUGAUCGCAUCUUGCUGAUCGAUAGCUGCUGCGUGGAGUCGAUCGUGUCUCGCCUUGUCGCAGCCAUUGUCGGGCGC